GUCCCUCCUUCUCUCUUUCCCUCCACACCCCCCAACCUACCGGCAGCAGACGAUCGCAACGGAACAACAGGCCGGCAGUCGUAGAGGUAGUAGCUACGCUGUGCAGUUCUUGUCGCUGGGAUCGGACACACCUGGAGUAGAGGCCACCACAACAGUGUCACACCUUUCCACCUUUGCUGGGCUACGAUCCGAGGACACCGCCUUCUCUCUUUUCCAGGACUGUCAGCAACUGUCGUGUCCUGCGACAUUGUCCCCUGUCAACAGUUUUUCUCUACAUCGCCAGUUGUACAUCGCCAUGCUGCACAAGACUCCGUGUAGCAUCCUCAUCCCAGUCCUCGUCCUCUUCGUCACCAGCGUCCUGUACGUGGAUGGACAAACGAACAAUACCCUGGACACAAAUGGCAACAUCGUGUGGGGGCAGCUGGCACCGGACAAACAGUACAAAACUACCGGCUACAAGGCGGACACGGGGGGUCUGGACCCGUACUACAACCUGGCCAGAAGUUUCAUCAACACCAGCUUGCCUAAAAAAAUUCCAAUAGACAAAUUCAAAAGCCUUUUUAAUGGCAAUGGAGACAUGGGAACGACCGCAAAAGAGCUCGCCUUGGACUUCGUCGGCUUCGCCAUCUGCCUCGUGAUCGGCCUUCUCUUCAUCGUCAUCUUCCCCAUCGUGUGCCUGUGCUUCUGCUGCUGUCGUUGCUGUGGCAACUGCGGAGGGAAGAGGCUGCAGAAGUACGACCCCAAGGCGGGAUGCAAGCGAAUCUGCUUUGGAACCAGUGUGAUGAUCUUGUCAUUAUUUAUCAUAGCCGGGGCCGCGUGCGUCUUUGUGUCCAGUGACCAGAUGAGCAAAAACCUCGGCAACAUCAACCAGACCAUCGGCGACAGCUUCGACGAUGCCGAAACAUUUGUGGAUAACAUUGACAGUCAAUUCAAUCGCUUGGGAACUGAUAAUUUUCUGUUCCUGACCAACACUGUGGCUGUAUAUGUGAAAGAUGCCGCGGGCGAGAUGGCCGGCAACAUCAUCUUAGCCGUGUCGACCGUGGUGGGCCUGGACGCGCAGCUCAGCAACAUCUCUGGCUUGAGCCAGCAAGCCCAAGUACAGAUUAACGACAUGUCGGUUAAAAUUACAACCGCAGAUUCCCAACGGAACACAGCUGUGGACAGUCUCAGGGCCGCCAACACCAACUGUCCAAACUGUUUUAAUAACCAAAUCGCCACACUGAACAGUUUGGAUUUCGCUGCGAUGUCCAACCAGACAGACAGCCUGAAAGCAAAGGUCACCACCGAUGUGUUUAAAAAGAUGAAAGAUGAUGCCAACGCUCAGAUCAACUCAACUGUGACAGCUGAGAUUAGCAAAGUGGACGUGGCAGGAGAAAUGAACAACAUCUACAACGAUCAGCUGAAGCCGCUGCUGAGCGAGACCGGUUCCCUGAGAUCCACCGUGAGAAACACAAGAGAUAGCUUAGGAGACUAUUCAAGCAUGAUAAAGCCCUACGACAAGUACAGGUGGUAUGCAGGUGUCGGCAUCGCCUCUUUGCUGGUGCUGGUGGCCGUGCUGGCGCUGGUGGGGGUGCUGUGUGGUUGGUGUGGAAGCAGCGCCAAGACCCGACCCACAGAGCGAGGAGGAGCGUCCAACUGCGGGGGGAUCUUACUCAUGUCGUCGGUGGGUUUGAUCUUCAUCUUCUCUGCCUUGAUAAUGUUGCUGACCACCAUUCUCUACGUCGUUGGGUCGUUGUCAGAGCGGUACAUGUGUCAGACCAUGCAAGACUUCAGUCAGGUGGAUGAGUACAUCAAGAUCUUUGGUUCAAGUUUCGAGAAUGGGUUCAGCUUCAAUGUCAUGAAUCAUUCCAUGAAGAUGAACGUGUCCGGUGUAAUGAAUGGCUGCAGGAAUGACUACACACUGUAUUCCGUCCUGGGACUCGAACCAAUCGUCAACGACAGUCUGAAGAUGAUCAGCGAUUUCAAGGAGAACAACCUAAAGUUCAAUUUCAACACCGCCCAGCUGACCACCGACCUCAAAGACAUCAACGUGACCCGUGAAAUCAGUGCGCUGGAGAACUCCGUCAACGACCUGAGCACGCUGAAAGUCGCAAUACAAAAUAUGACGGCGAUUGUGAACGCCACGAGGACCUCUGUAGCAAUCCACCCCAGUUCGCCAGACACUAAACCGCUGGAUGAUCUGAUAAGCACUUUAGUGGACAUGGAGAAUAUUGCAAAUAAUCUGCAAUCAAUUACUCAAGACAUAAAGACAGAGGCACAAAAGCUUCCUAAUAUAAUCAGCACUGCACAAACCCAGCUCACCAAUAACACCUUCAUGACGGACCUGAUCACAAAGGUGACAACUAAUUUCAUCAACGCCAUUUUCGGAUUUGUCGACUCCUACAUCGGCGAUAUACUCUCCAAGCUCAAGACAGACGUGGCCAAGUGCUCCCCUCUGUACUCUAUCUUCAGCGCCCUUGUGGUGGAGACCUUCUGUCACGGGAUGGUGGACCCCCUGAAUGGUUUCUGGCUUGGACUUGGCUGGUCCAUUUUCUUCUUCAUGCCGAGCCUCAUCCUGUCUGUCAAGCUGGCCAAGCACUUUAGGCGGAUGUUGUACAGUGAUGGUUAUGACAGUCCAAAGAGACCCACUACUGAGGUGUUCACUACUCAGACGUCCCAGUCUAUCACUAUGGGCGGAUCAUACUCCACUCCUAAGCGCAAGAACAAGGUGGCACCCUUUUAAAGGAAGCAUUUUGUGUUCUUCGAAGUUGUCGUACCAGCUGCAAAAUAUCCAACAAUAUCUUGAUAUCCAAAGUGUUAGUCAGCAUAACAGUCAAACACUUUCAACCAACGCUUAGACCACCAAGAACAUAAAGUGUUUGAUAUGAUUUGUGCCUUGGGAGCUUUACUGAAAAGUGUGGGAAAUCUUGUGUUUUGAAUUUACCCUAGAUAUGGUUUCAAUCAUCGCAGUGAAGCUAUAUUCUAACACAGGUGUUGAAGCAAGUUUUCUAGCAACUCAAUUAAAUGAAUGUUUUAAAGUGACAAUUCCAGUAUUUUGGUCCCCAACAGUUCCCUUAACCUUACUGGGAAUUUCUGCAAACACCAAGCCCACUGUUUGAUGUUUCCAAACAUCAAAGUAGGUGUUAUCUGUGAUACAAAACGACUGUAUAAUGAUGAUUAGUAAAGGCAGUGAUGACUACUUGUAAAUUUAUCAAGUUUUUAAAAUUAUUUUGAGGUUUUCAUAUUAUUUCUUGACAUUAUGUUUUAGUGAUUUUGUAAAAAGUUUGUACUAAACAAAUAGUUUUCUUUGUCAAGUUAUGAGUGCAAAAUGUAAAUCACAUACUUACAACAACAACAACAACAACAACAACAGCAACAACAACAACAACAAGCUUUCUCCACAAACCCGUGCGUUCCGUUGUGUCUGAAGGGGAAAUUUUAGUGUUGUCCUUUCAUGGGAAGAUACUCUUCAGUACAAGAAGGAACAGCUGACACAAGCUAUCUCCCUUGAUUCUAUUUCCGUACUGAAUAUUUCAUCCUGGUCGGACGUCAAGCUGCUGACUGCGAUUGUAAAUGCUUAAGAGAAUAUUUAUUUCUUAUUCUUUUAUAUGUUUGUAUAAAGUUUAUUUUAGGCAAAUGAUCCGAAAAGAACCGUCAAAGACUCCACCAAGGCCAUAUUUAAGAAAUAAAAUGUUGUACAAGCAUCGACAACCUAAGAAUCUGUUGGACAGCUUCAAGCUGUUAGCGUGGUGCAGUUAAUUAACUCAUUCAUUAAUUGCGUUACUGUAGACGGAGGAAGUAGUUUAGUUCGUCGAUAGUCUUUUCUUUCUUAUUAUUUUCAUUAUUAUUUAUCUUAAAGUGAUGAAUGUCGUUCUGUGAUAACUAAAAGUGUACACGACUCCAGCCCGAGAGUGAUUUGUACUCCUGAGUGAAGUUCCUACACCAAGCCCGGUGCCUGUUAAUUUUAUUUUGUUAGUCUGCAGUCGACGACUAGUAGCGCGAGCAGUGGAUUUCUGUAAAAAGUUAAUUGUAUAUGUUGAGAAUGUAAUCGUUAGUUAAAACUUGACUAUUUUUUCUGGAUGACCUCAUAAAGGUCACAAAACGUCUUCUGAAGAAAAUUUGUCGCUUAUUUUGUUUCUUGGUUUUGAGACCGAGUCCACUGUCUGCAAAUGGUAAACUUCCGACUUAUUAAAAAAUUUUAUUUUACACGUUUCUCAAAAAAAAAAAAAAAAAAAAAAUCUAUAUUUUUUCCUGUUCAAAAAUAGUUUGUACUUUGUUGACUUAAUUUAUCUCUCUUGUUGUAAAUUGUUAAAUUGCAGUAGAGUUUGUAAAAAAUAAGUGUGCGCGCGUCAGUCGGCGUGUUUUUGUACGUGCGUGUGUCUACUUGCGCGCGCGUGCGUGCAUGCGGAUCUUUUGAAGAGUUGUCGAACAACAAUCUGUUAAAUACCGUUACAGUAGAGCUGUAAAUGCAGAGAUGUCCUGUAUUAAAUGUCUGCGUGUGACAUAUUAAUAGCGUCCUAAUUUAUUGGUGGAUUCGGCCCUCUACAACAACCUUGCCGGAAGUUCAUAAAAUGUUCAACAAAACCCUUGAGACCUUCACUGUGUCUAUCACAAUGAUUUGAGCUAAACAACUGUUUGGCAAGUGAGCUGUUAAUUAUUUUCGGCAAUCAGGGAAUAAACAUUUGGCGAACUGUGCCAGUCGGCAUACCGCGCAAUAUCCGGGUACAAAUCAGCCAUGGGACAUGGAGAGGCUGUUGGACAUCUGCCCCUCCCCCUUAUUGUACAUAUGAUAUAACGGAACAUAAUGCCCAGACGGCAGGAAAGCAAACCAACUUCGGUUGUCCGCUAUAGUUUGCUCAAAUCCUGACCUUUGGGACCUUGUUGCUUGUGUUGUAAUUGUUUUGUUUUCAAGCUGACACGCAGACAAAAGGACGAGGUAUACAUCUAUUCAUAGAAUGACACGCGAGCCAAAGUUAGGAUCUGAACCUGAUAAUCUUUCUAGCAUCCCACCCCGCUUCCCGCCAUUACUAUUAUUCAUACCUGCGUUCAGUCUUUUUUUUUUUUUUUUUUUUUUCUAGAACCGUCCUACGAAUAAAAUGCAUCUAUCCAAAGAUUUGUCUUUUUUUCUGCUACAUGGUCCUUGUCGUCUGUCACUGUAAUUAUAAAGUUAUUGAUUAAUAAUGUGUCAUAAUGAAACCAAUGAUAGUACGUUAAUCCGUCCAUAAUCUGCAUAAAGAAAAUCUGUGAUACCAUUUUUUUGUAUUAUGUUUUGUGAAUAUAUCUUAUCGAUUAGAUGUUUGUGGUAUCAUUUGGAUAUUCAGACGGUUUUACUGUACAUAUUUUUGUUCUCUGAAUUGUAAGGAAUGUAUGUAGGCUUGAAGCAAACGUUUUACUUGUGCAAAUAGAGUAGAAACUACAAAUAAAGUGAUUUAAACUUUC